GAGGAGGGCGGCGGGGCCGGGAGGCGCAGCCCGUGUCUGCUCGUAGCGCUGCGGCCGCGCAACGUGGAGACCGAGCGGGAGCGGUUCUUCAGGGAGCGCUUCGCCUACGAUCCGCAGUUCGAAUACGCCGAGCCCGUGCCCGAGGCCGUGCUGGAGAAAUAUCGCGACGCCUCCGAUCGCUUCGUGGCGCAGGCCAUUAGGAUCAUUCACGCUGUCCUGGAGAAGUAUGGGACCUAUGAGAGCUUCGAAGUUGCCACUGGUGGGAGACUGCUGAGCAAGUGCCAGAUCUGGUCUGUUAUCCGAAAGUACAUGCAGAAGGAAGGCUGCACAGGGGAGGUAGUGGUGCAGCUCACCGAUGAUCUCCUGUCGCAGGCUGUGAUGAUGGUGGAGGACAGCCGGCCGACGCUGGCCAUCAACCUGUCUGGAGCCCGGCAGUUCUGGCUGGAGGGCAUGCUGCGCCAUGAGAUAGGCACCCACUACAUCCGUGGGGUGAACAACACCCGCCAGCCCUGGCACAGCUCGGAGGGCCGCAAGCAGUACAGCCUGAAGCCUGCCAACCCCACAGAGGAAGGUUUGGCCAGCCUGCACAGUGUCCUCUUCCGCAAGCAGCCCUUCCUCUGGCGUGCAGCCUUGCUCUACUACACCAUUGAGAGGGCCAGCCGCCUCUCCUUCUCCGCGCUCUUCCAGGACCUGGAGCAGUACGUCCAGGAUGCUGGCAUCCGGUGGGAGUACUGCGUGCGGGCCAAGCGGGGCCAGACUGACACCUCACAGCCAGGCUGCUUCAGUAAGGACCAGGUGUACCUGGAUGGGAUUCUCCGCAUCCUGCGACAUCGGCAGACAAUCGACUUCCCAUUGCUGGCUGCUCUUGGAAAGGUCUCCUACGAAGAUGUGAACCGCCUGAAGGAAUUUGGUGUCCUGGAGAAGGCUCGCAUCCCCCAUUUCAUGCAGGACCUGGAGCGGUACAUGAAGCAGCUCGACCACAUUGUCACCACCAACCAGCUGGAUGAGCAGGAGCUGGAGGAGCUGCUGCCCGAAUACCUGCCCUGUCAUUGCAGACCGUGCAGACCUACAAGUAAACACGACUGCACCCCAAAUACGUGUUCUGCCAGGCAUCAAGGCACAAAGGACUCAGGGUAGGGAUCUGGCUUGAUGUUACGAAAAAAGGUGUAAUAAAACCCAUGUAAUGGAAA